AUGUUGGAUUUCUUCCACAGAGCCCCAAACGAGGACUGCUGGUACAAGUUUCUGGAGCCCAUCUUGCCGUACAUCCGCAACAUCAUCCCCGCCUCUGUUGCGUGCGACUUGCUCGACAUAUUUCUGACGGAUCCGGGAAGCUCGCUGUUUCGUGUUGCGUCCCCCUAUAUCCUGACUAGGGUCUUUCGUAAAAAGUCCAUUGUGCACCCGACGAACCCCAGAUACACCACCCCGGCGCUGCUGGCGACCAUACUCUGGUGUGUAGCACAGACUGCCGAUGUCAUGAUGCUGCAUGUCCCGGGCUCCAGGGCCAAGGUUGUCAACGAUCUCUACGACCUAGCAACGUCCCUGAUAUCCGAGCGUGACCCGGACCGGUGGCGACGAAUUCAUGGUGGUCUGCGUGCAGAAAAUGAAGCACCUCACCCUCGGCUUCCUAAUGCGCCGACAAUGCCAAAGACAACAGUCAACAACGAGCCAGCGGGCGAGAUCGAUGAUGUUCUCACCUUCAUCCUCCUCUCCAUUGCCGUCUCGGGCUCCGAUUUCAAGUCGGACUGCUACAAGUGGUGGUCCAAGGCAACGCGACUUGCCUUUGCGCUGGGCCUCAACCGAGAGGACGAGCAAUGCGCCGGACCCGUGACGCCCUGCGCGAAUCCUCUCUGCUCGUGUCGAAAAGAGCAGGAUGGUAGCUUGUACAAUCUCGAGCUGCGAGAAGAGCGCCGGCGAGUCUUUUGGCUUCUCUAUGCCUUGGACCGGCACUUGGCCCUGUCUUUCAACUCUGCCCUUACCAUCCCUGACUCGUACUGCGAAGUCUACUCACCUCUUCCCGAAGCCAUCUGGGAGAACCUCGACACGAUUUCGCCCAGUGAGAUUCCCGCCCGAAGAAUCGGACCGCCCACGACUGCCUCUGGAUCUGCAUUUUUCGAGUACUUUUUACCCCUCAUGGCGAUACUAGGCGACAUUAUAGAGGUCCAUCAUCGGCGCCGUCACCCGAGACUCGGAGGCCUCGACGAUUCACACUCCGUGGCCGUCGUUCAGGGGCUGCUUUCGGCCUACGAAAUGAGUCUCGCCGCGCUGUCACCAGACGGCGACGACAACGGCACCAUGCCCCUGCCUAUUCACACGCCCAAAGGGAUCGUUGCCGGAAUGCCUUCCAGGCCAUCCAUUUCCCAUCCACACCCGUCCGCAGCCCCUUACAACGCAGGCGAUCCCUCCAAGAUGCGGCUGGCAAAGGCCUAUAGCACGCACAUCUUGCACGUGCUGCACGUGCUGCUCCAUGGAAAAUGGGAUGCCAUCUCCAUGCUGGACGACGGCGACGAUUGGAUCACGUCCAAAAGGUUCAACGAAUGCGCGUCGCAUGCCAUUUCUGCGUCGCAGUCCGUCUCGACUAUCUUGACUAUCGAUCCGGAACUGACCUUCAUGUCCUAUCUCUUCGGGAUCUAUCUGCUGCAGGGGAGUUUCAUUCUUUUGCUCUUCGCGGACAGGAUGCCGCAGCUUGGUCCCAACGAGUCGGUUGCGCAGGCGUGUGAGACCAUUAUUCGAGCUCACGAGGUGUGCGUUGUGACGCUGAGCACAGAAUUCCAGAAAAACUUUCGUACCGUUUUGCGAUCUACGCUUUAUAGUGUUCAAGGUGCAGGAACUACGAAUUGGGACGAGCAUCGUUCACGACGCAGAGCUUUGUCGCUGUAUAGAUGGACAAAGGGGGCCAAGGGACUGGCAUUGUGA